ACCGAGGCGCGGCGUUUGGGGGGCUCUUGCGGCAGUUCGCGUAGGGAGGCGAAGGCGCGGGGACGAUCGCAGCGCCCAGGCGGCGGCCGAGGAAGUUUGAGCCGAGGAGCCCGGUCGGAGGCGACUCGCUCUUGGGAAGAGGCAGGCGAGCGAGGUGGGGGCGAUCGCCGCUUGGCUCGCCCCACCAUCUUUGCGUAGGGGAAGGGGAAGGCGAACGGCCGGGAGGGGGGGAGCGAAACGAAGUCCCUGCUCAGCUGUGCCGCAAGCUCCCGCGCCUCCAAGCCCAUGAGCCCUUUCAGGCCGGAGUGAAGAAGGAAGGAAGGAAGGAAGGAAGGGGCGCUUACUUCAGAGGCUCCCCGCUGUUGCGCCGAUGCCCGUCUGGUCUGUUUCGUUGUAGGCGUCGAGCUGCAGGGGCGGAAGGAGAAACGAGCGGAGCGAAAACGGAAUCUGGGGACGAAGGCGAAUAUGGGUCAGCCGGUGCCUCCAACUCUUUUCCUCGUGCUGGUGGGGCUCCUGGGGGAGUCGCUCGGUGGCUUCCCAAACACCAUCAGUAUAGGGGGACUUUUCAUGAGGAACACGGUCCAGGAGCACAGUGCGUUCCGAUUUGCUGUACAGUUAUACAACACAAACCAAAAUUUUACAGAAAAACCUUUCCACUUGAACUAUCAUGUUGACCACCUGGAUUCCUCCAACAGUUUUUCAGUGACAAAUGCAUUCUGUUCACAGUUUUCCAGGGGAGUCUAUGCCAUCUUUGGAUUCUAUGACCAGAUGUCGAUGAACACACUGACAUCUUUUUGUGGGGCACUGCACACGUCUUUCAUCACUCCCAGUUUCCCAACUGACGCCGAUGUACAGUUUGUCAUUCAAAUGCGCCCUGCCCUGAAAGGAGCCAUCUUGAGUCUUCUGACUUAUUACAACUGGGAGAAGUUUGUGUACCUCUAUGACACAGAAAGAGGAUUUUCCAUUCUUCAGGCAAUUAUGGAAGCCGCCGUGCAAAACAAUUGGCAAGUGACAGCCCGAUCAGUGGGAAGCAUAAAAGACAUUCAGGAGUUCAAGGCAAUCAUUGAGGAGAUGGACAAGCGGCAGGAGAAACGAUACUUGAUCGACUGCGAGGUCGAAAGGAUAAACACCAUUUUAGAGCAGGUUGUAACCCUUAGUAAACAUUCCAGAAGUUAUCACUACAUGCUUGCUAAUCUGGGUUUUACAGAUAUUUCACUGGAAAGAGUGGUACAAGGAGGUGCCAAUGUAACUGGAUUUCAGAUCAUUAAUAACGACAAUCCAAUGGUCCAGCAGUUUAUGCAGCGCUGGGUGAGGCUUGAUGAAAGAGAAUUCCCAGAAGCCAAAAAUUCUCCAUUAAAGUAUACAUCUGCGCUGACCCAUGAUGCCAUACUAGUCAUAGCAGAAGCGUUCCGGUACCUCCGAAGACAGCGCGUUGACGUCUCCCGGAGAGGCAGUGCUGGGGAUUGCUUAGCAAACCCCGCGGUGCCUUGGAGCCAGGGGAUUGAUAUCGAAAGAGCACUGAAAAUGGUGCAAGUGCAAGGAAUGACAGGAAACAUCCAAUUUGACACCUAUGGACGUAGAACUAAUUAUACAAUUGACGUAUACGAAAUGAGACCUGGAGGGCCACGGAAGGCUGGUUACUGGAAUGAAUAUGAGAGGUUUGUGCCGGCACUAGACCACACAGUCUCCAAUGACACUUCUUCUGUUGAGAACAGGACCAUUGUAGUCACCACCAUCCUCGAAGCACCCUAUGUGAUGCGCAAGCAGACUCCUGACCAAAAAGAAGGAAAUGAGAAAUACGAAGGCUACUGUGUUGAUCUAGCUUAUGAAAUAGCAAAGCAUGUUGGGAUAAAAUAUGAACUGUCCAUUGUUCCUGAUGGGAAAUACGGAGCGAGAGAUCCUGACACUAAAAUGUGGAAUGGCAUGGUGGGUGAGCUGGUCUACGGGAGAGCAGACAUUGCUGUUGCCCCACUGACUAUCACCUUGGUCCGAGAAGAGGUCAUAGACUUUUCCAAGCCCUUCAUGAGCCUGGGCAUCUCAAUCAUGAUCAAGAAGCCCCAGAAGUCUAAACCGGGGGUCUUUUCCUUCCUGGAUCCUUUGGCCUAUGAAAUUUGGAUGUGUAUCGUCUUUGCUUACAUUGGUGUCAGCGUGGUUCUGUUCCUGGUCAGCAGAUUCAGCCCUUACGAGUGGCAUUUGGAAGACAACCAGGAGGAGCCACGAGACCCUCAGAACCCUCCUGACCCUCCCAAUGAGUUUGGAAUAUUUAACAGCCUUUGGUUUUCCCUGGGUGCCUUUAUGCAGCAAGGAUGCGAUAUUUCUCCAAGAUCUCUCUCAGGGCGAAUUGUCGGAGGCGUCUGGUGGUUCUUUACCCUCAUCAUUAUCUCUUCCUACACUGCCAACCUUGCUGCCUUCCUUACGGUGGAAAGGAUGGUGUCUCCCAUAGAAAGUGCCGAAGACUUGGCUAAGCAGACCGAAAUAGCCUAUGGAACUUUGGAUUCAGGUUCAACCAAAGAAUUUUUUAGAAGAUCCAAAAUAGCUGUCUAUGAGAAAAUGUGGUCGUACAUGAAGUCGGCAGAGCCGUCUGUGUUUGCCAAAACGACAGCGGACGGGGUAGCCCGCGUGAGGAAAUCAAAGGGGAAGUUUGCCUUCCUGCUCGAAUCGACCAUGAAUGAGUACAUUGAACAACGAAAGCCCUGUGACACAAUGAAAGUUGGUGGGAACCUGGAUUCCAAAGGCUAUGGUGUAGCAACUCCCAAAGGCUCAGCAUUAAGAACUCCUGUAAACCUUGCAGUAUUGAAACUCAGUGAACAAGGCAUCUUAGACAAGCUGAAAAACAAAUGGUGGUACGAUAAGGGUGAAUGUGGCGCCAAGGACUCGGGAAGUAAGGACAAGACAAGCGCUCUGAGCCUGAGUAAUGUUGCUGGGGUUUUCUAUAUUCUGGUCGGAGGUCUCGGCCUUGCCAUGACGGUGGCCUUGAUAGAGUUCUGUUACAAGUCUCGGGCCGAGUCCAAACGAAUGAAACUCACAAAGAACACACAAACCUUUAAGCCUGCUCCUCCACCCAAUACCCAGAAUUAUGCUACGUACAGAGAAGGCUACAACGUGUAUGGAACAGAAAGUGUUAAGAUCUAGUGAUUCCGCACUUGCAAUGGCAUGCAAAGGGAGAAGUGACCGAGAUCCCGGCGACUUCACCGAUCCUGACCACCUGAGCCAAUUGUACUCCCUCCUUAGGUGUCGGGCCUGACACAUUAUUGACGAUGGUGCAAUGAACUCUUCAUAGGAAUUUUUCUUUUUCCUUCAGUGCCUUACAGGAAAUCCUUAAGACUCAAAAACAAUGCAAACCAUCAAAAAUAGUCUUGCUUUGCUUGAAAACAGAACAACAACUAUAACUACAAGGACUGAUAAGACAAUAUUCUCAUCGUGGAAAGAGAGAGAGAGAGAAAGUAUUCUUGUAAAAAUAAUUUUAACAAAAGUUCAACAGAAGCCAUUCUUUGAUACCACUGCACAGUGUAUAUGGACGUUAAGUCUUUUGACAAGAGACAAAAAGUUUUCAAGUGCCCCAUUUUAUCAAAAUAUUAAGUUGUUCUUAAUAUUAUGCCUCAGAAUACCACUGCUUAUAUUCCUAGAGCAGCCUGUUAACCUAACUCUGUGAUUUCCUGUCACAAUGCAUUGCUCUGUUUCUUCCUUUGUGACAGUAGAGAUUCCUUUUUGCCAUUGCCGCUCUAGAACCUGCCUCGCCUUUUAAGAAAUGCAUAUAUCCACUCCAACAAGUGAAUGUAGAGAGGGGAAAGGGGGAGCCAAAUGUGCCAGCUAAUCAAAAUAAAGCAUUACAGAGAUCAUGCAUCAAUCUGUCAAGGAAGAAGUAAAGUUUGCAAAGUAAAGUUUUCGAGAAGGAAAAAAACACCACAGGGCAGGCCAGAAAUGCACCCUUUCCUCCUCCCCCCCCCCAUCAUCUACAGGUGCUUUCUUUUUUAAAAAAAUGAAUAGCAUCCAAUAGUUUUGAGAAGAAUUCACCAUUUCAUUUCCUGCCAUGUUUUUUUUUUAUUUCUGUGCCAUAUAUCUUUGGAUGUAUGUUGCUGGCAUUUUUCAUUCAGAUUAAAUAUCAAAGGAUUAAAAGUGAGAGAACCGGAGAAUAUAUUCAUCCCCAAGAAUGCAGUCUCAGAAUCCCCAUCUUUUCUUUUAUAAUAAUAAUAAUUUUAAAAAAAUCUAGCACUGUGCUUCAGAUGAUGCUUUGUGGAUCAGCCUCGCUCUGUAAAAAAAAAUAAAAAAAAAUAACACAGGAUGGUACCUCAAAUGAGACCAGUCGGUCCGGCUCGUAACAAAAUGCUCUAGCAUUACUAUUGCUGGUAGUAAUUAUAUACUCAGCUGCUGCCAGUCAUCAUUUCACAAGUACUUUUUUUCUUUUUCAAAGAUACUUAGGUUCAUCUUUAGUUUCAUAAAGGAUAUAGCGCAUCCCAGAAUAUACUGCUUGAGAUACAGAAUCUGCAUUUAUUGCCUUACAGCUUUUUCAGAUGUAGGAUGUGCUCCACCUAAGAAUCUAGCAGGAGUUGACUUAAUGUUGGAAGAGUUCAGGGGCAGAGCACAUAGUUGGUGCAGAGAAGGUCCCAAGUUCAAUCCUUGGCAACUCUAAAUUAAAAGAAAAAAAAAGACCUCAGGUAACAGGGUGCAGUAUUAAGACCUCUGAGUCUGGAAUCUUGGAGAACUUUUUGCCAGUCAGAGUAGGCAUCCUUGGCAAGGUAGACCAAUGGUCUGAUUUGUUAUGAAGCAGCAUCAUAUGUUCAUAGCUGCAUCUUUUUCUAAAAAAAAUAGUCAUUUACCCGAUAGAUAAAAUACCCGAUAAAGAAGUCAUCUACAUACUAAUUACCUCUAAUAUGACAAUAUGUGCAAUUGGUAGUUCAGCAAGGGUUUCAUUUCAUAUUUAACA